AUGAUAAUUCAAGGCACAACAGGAACGGGUAAGUCAUACUUGAUUAGUGCAAUAAGUCAAACAUUACAAAAUGCAGCCUCUCCACAAUGCUCUCCUCUACUUCUACUUGCACCAACAAGAGUUGUAGCAUUCAAUAUUGGAGCAUCAACGAUUCAUUCUAAGUUGAGAAUUCCAAUAAAAGAAUUCAGUGAGCUACAAGGGACAAGACUUAUGACUUUCCAAGAGGAAAUUUCUCACAUAAAGUACAUAUUAAUAGAUGAAAUGAGCUUCUUGGGAGAGAUGUUACUUGAAAACAUAGAUUCUCGUCUUCGACAAGCAUUUCCAGAAAAUAGUCAUAAAAGUUUUGGAGGUAUAUCUAUGAUAUUGGUCGGAGAUUUGGCACAAUUGCCUCUUGUCAAAGAUAGAGCGGCAUAUGAAAGCAAAAGGCGUGCAAGGAUACUGUGGGAAGAAUUCAAAACCGUAGUUACUUUGAGCCGUAUUUUCAGACAAGAUGGACAAAGCAAUGAACAAGAAAGAUUUCAUCGUCUUCUAACAAACAUAAGGGAUGCAAACCCUACAAUAGAUGAUUGGAUGUUACUUAUGUCAAGAUCAAAUGGAAACAUGAGUAUUGCAACAAAUGAUGAGUUCUAA